GAGUUUCUUCUACUUUCUGAACCUGUAUCUUCUUCGGUCUGAGCUCAAAUCGUGUGCAGACGCAGAGCUUGUAGAGCUGCAUGAGCUGCUUCGCAUGGAUUACACUUGGUUUUUAUCCAUGUCUGAUCAAGUUGGCUUCUUUGUUCAGCGGCAACUUCCUCGUUAGCUUAUGUGAUGUCAAAAGACCUGCUUCAUGCUAAUAGAUUGAUCUUGCUCAGUCGGGUUUUCGGAAAAAUCUGAUUUUUCUUCGAUUUGUCUUGUGGGGUUUUGACUGUGGCCAAUGCUAUAUAGUCAGUUGAGUGGCUUGCGUGUGAUUACAAUCCAUCAGAGUUUAGUGAUUCUCUGUUCAAUCUUACCAGUUUGAUGGGUAACAUUUGCUGGUCAAAUUGUUCAAUUCACUAUGGCAAUCAAACACGGGCUCAGCCUAGCAAGCCACUGAAUUAUGCUGGCAAUGUCUGAAAAAAUCGGUUGGGUCCCGUUGAAAAAUCCGUACUAUGAAAUUUUUGUUUCCUGGCUUAACAUAUCCUUUUGAUCUCAGCUGCAAAGAGAUCUUACUGGGAUUUGGGAAGAACUUCAUUUCUUGUUUGUUGAUUUUGAGCUGUAUUGUCUUUUUCCCAAGUGAAAUGGUGAGAUGAAAAUCCUGUGGGGGGAAUAUGUAAAUACAUUUUUGGUUGUCAGAUAAUAUGUGCAAUGCUAUGUUGAGAUUUGAGUUUCUUCACUAGUGCUUGCUGAAAAGUUUUUGCUCUAAUUAAAAAUGACAGAGCAAAGUGGUUGCUUCAUGAUGGACGCAAGUAUCAUGGUAGGGAAAUACGCUGCUGACAUAUCCUCCAUAAGAGAAGCAUACGCACGCAUCGGAUCAUUUAUACACAAGACUCCAGUUAUCACUUCAGAGUCUCUUAAUGCAAUAUGCAGCAGAAGUUUAUACUUCAAGUGCGAAUGCUUUCAGAAGGGUGGGGCAUUUAAGUUCAGAGGUGCUUGCAAUGCCAUAUGUUCCCUUGAUGAUGCUCAGGCAGCUAAAGGGGUUGUUACACACAGCAGUGGAAACCAUGCUGCUGCAUUGUCCUUAGCUGCAAAAUUACGAGGGAUUCCAGCAUAUAUAGUGAUACCAAAAAAUGCACCAAAAUGCAAAGUCAAUAAUGUCAUUCGCUAUGGUGGUCAAGUUAUCUGGAGUGAGGUCACAAUGCAGUCAAGGGAAGACACAGCUUUGAAGGUGUCGCAAGAAACUGGAGCUGUUCUGAUCCAUCCAUACAAUGACAAACGGAUAAUAAGUGGACAGGGAACAAUAUCUGUGGAGCUUCUGGAGCAGGCCCCACAAUUAGACACUAUUAUAGUUCCAAUAAGUGGAGGUGGCUUGAUUUCGGGAGUGGCAUUGGCCUCCAAAUCAAUGAACCCAACAAUUCGAGUUUUGGCUGCAGAACCUAGAGGGGCGAAUGAUGCAGCACAGUCUAAAGCAGCUGGAAGGAUUAUAACUUUGCCCGUGACCAACACUGUUGCUGAUGGGCUUCGAGCUUCUCUAGGAGAUCUUACGUGGCCCGUAGUACGUGAUUUAGUCGAUGAUGUCAUAGUUGUGGACGAUACAGACAUCGUGGAAGCAAUGAGACUUUGCUAUGAAAUUCUGAAAGUGGCGGUGGAGCCAAGUGGAGCCAUUGGUCUUGCUGCUGUUCUAUCGGAAAGCUUUAGGAGUAAUCCUGCCUGGAAGGAUUGUAACCAUAUAGGAAUCAUCCUUUCAGGAGGUAAUGUUGAUUUGGGUAUGAUUUGGGACUCGUACAAAAAAUGAAGGGGGUGGUAAAUUAGUAAUAUGUGCUCUCAAGGAAUCUACCUCUAGGCAAGAAAGAUUUUCCUCUUGUUUACUCAGUUACAUCAAUGCAGAAAUAUUGCUCUGUUCUGAAUGCUCAGCCAGGGAUUGUUAUUUCUAGUUCUUUUUUUUUUUUUUGCUUGCAUAUGGGAGAAACUAUUCUAUUUCAUUUAUCGUCUGUAAACUUGUGAAUUUUGUGACAGCAUCAAGGCAACACUUUCUGUCAA